AUGGGAACGCUAAAUCCCUGGAAAAAUGACGUUUCGAGGGGAGAGGGCCUGCUGAACAAGCAAGUUGGGAGCCUGCGAGAUUCUCUCUCCAAGGAGGGGCAGCCGCAGCUUCAGCGUCAUUCCGACCGAACGACUCCUCUUCCGCCAGAAUCUGAGUUGUCCAAAUUCAUCUCUCUCUCUUUCCCCAUUUUGAAUACGCACGCACAGCCUCUCUCCUUUUCAUGACUUUUUCUCUCUUCUGCUCCUCCUCCUUUCCUUCCUACCUUUCCCUUCUCGUCAUCAUCAUCUGACUCCAUCUCUGAUGGCCUCCCUCUACAACUCUUCUCUUUCUGCUAAUCACUCCGCCUUAAGAAGUGGUUGGAACUACUCUGGACGAGUCAAAGCUUUCAGGCGGAGCUCCAAGCUGCCGCUCUUUGGGUGGCGGAAUCUCGAGAGUCAGAAACUGAGUAGAGGACGUGACAUCGCCAUGGAAGCGGUGGUCGAUGGUGCCACAGAGUGCCUGGAUGAUUCGUUGAGGCCUCGAAUUGGUUUGGAGGAGAAGGAGCCAAGUGUCUCGACGAUCCUGACGAACUUCUCGUGUUCGUUUGAUCCAUAUGAUGCGCUUAGCACUCCUUUGUACCAGACCGCUACUUUUAAGCAACCAUCUGCAGUAGAGAAUGGACCUUAUGAUUAUACCAGAAGCGGUAACCCAACUCGAGACACACUGGAAUCGCUUUUGGCAAAGCUCGAGAAAGCUGAUCGUGCAUUUUGUUUCACAAGUGGGAUGGCUGCUUUGGCUGCUGUCACACAUCUUGUUGAAGCUGGUCAGGAGAUUGUAACUGGAUCUGAUAUGUAUGGUGGCUCUGAUAGGUUGCUUUCAAGAGUUAUUCCUAAAAGAGGAAUAAUGGUUAGACGGAUUGACACAAAGGAUCUGGAUGAGGUUGCUUCUGCAAUUGGCCCAAAGACUAAGAUUGUAUGGCUGGAAAGCCCAACAAAUCCACGUCAACAAAUUUCUGAUAUAAGGAAAAUAUCGGAGCUGGCUCAUGCUCAUGGUGCUUUGGUGCUGGUGGAUAAUAGCAUUAUGUCACCAGUUCUUUCCCGGCCAUUAGAACUUGGGGCAGAUAUUGUCAUGCACUCUGCUACAAAAUUUAUAGCUGGACAUAGUGACUUAAUGGCUGGAGUUCUUGCUGUAAAAGGUGAAAGUUUGGCAAAAGAGAUUUACUUCUUACAAAAUGCAGAGGGCUCUGGCUUAGCUCCAUUUGAUUGUUGGCUAUGCUUGAGAGGCAUCAAAACAAUGGCCUUACGAGUUGAAAAACAGCAGGAAAAUGCGCAUAAGAUUGCCGAAUUUCUUUCUUCUCAUCCUAGGGUGCAAAGAGUUUUCUAUGCAGGUCUUCCUGAUCACCCUGGGCGUUCAUUGCACUAUUCCCAGUCAAAAGGUGCUGGUUCUGUCCUGAGCUUUACAACAGGAUCGUUGGCUCUUUCCAAGCACAUUGUUGAAUCCACAAAUUACUUCAGUAUUACUGUCAGCUUUGGUAGUGUUAAGUCUCUUAUCAGCUUGCCUUGUUUUAUGUCACAUGCAAGCAUACCAACUUCAGUACGGGAGUCUCGGGGAUUAAGUGAGGAUCUGAUCCGCAUAUCAGUGGGCAUUGAAGAUGUAGAUGACUUAAUUGCUGAUUUGGACAGUGCUAUCAGAUCUGGACCUUUAUAAGCUGCAUCAUCCUAUAUUUAGGAUAUAAUAGUGUUUUGCAGUUUCCAGUAUGUUCAAUAAAAAAUUAUGAGAUUUUUCCAAGUAAUUUUUUUCCUGGGUCAUGUAGCUUCAUCUAUAUCAUGAAUCAAUAAUUUAGCUAUUUAUGA